CCUGUUAAGUGUCAGCUCAGUCCAUUGCAUUUCAUGUCAGCUUCAGACACUGGCACAGAAAGGCAAUCUAUUGCACAGGGCCCCAGACGUGACAUGGGUUGAGGUAUUAAUUCUGGCCACAAUAUAGUCGUUUGUGGACACAAAAAAGCAGAAUGUUUGCAUGAAAUACUAUUUUGUGGAUUUAAUAUCAUUCCAAUGACAACCUGUUACCUGAAUUUCAAAUGUUCUUAGUAGUAAUGUGUUCUUAUUCCGUCCUUGUCAAGGGGCUGCAAUGCCAGUUUAUCCUCAGUUUAAGACAAAAUUCAAUCGCGCCGCUCCUGUCCAUUGUCUUUAGCCCCACCCUCUACUUCGACCUUACAGUUUAUAGAGAGGGUGUGUUCAGUUUGCUGACCCAAUUGUUCAGUAUGGAACCAUAAAUAAGUUGCCGCAGCUAAAUAAUUUGUUGCACGUUAUAGCGACACUGUGUGGGGGCGGGGGGCGGUGUCGUGAAUUUACCCAUUUUUAUUUUGUCAUGCGGCUUACUAAAGAGUUAAAUCAGUUCUACUUUCCCCACAGUAUUGGUUUAUGCACGACAAUUAAGCACAGGGUAGUCGGUAUCGACCCGUCAGUAUCGACCCAACCGGCGCUUCCCAGCCGAGCCGUCCGUCAUCCAGGCCACUGCCAAGUGAGCACAUCCCAAGGAGAGAACCUUCCUGGCUUCCACGUGCAGCGAUGUAGAGCCAACGGCGUGUUGACAUGUAGUGAAGCUGCAGCAGACGAGCCGGGACCAAGCCGAACGAUGACGUUUGCCAUGCUGCGCCCGGUUGCCGCGCGCUUCUAUUCCGACCUGAGCGUCGCGUCCGAGGACGACGACAAUCGCAGCGAGAGCGACGACAGCUCGGAGCGGCUCUACUGCGGCGGCCCGCGCGCGAGGACCGCGCGCAAGGCGGAGGGCGAGUCCACCCCGACGGUCAUGAAGCAGCGCAGCGCGGCCAACGCCAGGGAGCGCGGCCGGACCCAGAGCGUCAACAGCGCCUUCACCGCCCUCAGGACCCUCAUCCCCACCGAGCCGGUGGACAGGAAGCUCUCCAAGAUCGAGACCCUGCGACUGGCCUCCAGCUACAUUUCCCACUUGGCCAACGUGCUGCUCAUCGGCGACAGCUGCGCGAAUGGACAGCCGUGCCUCGACGUGGUCCACGCGCAGGCGGGGGAUAAGUCGAGCCUGCAGCCCAGGACCAUCUGCACUUUCUGCUUGAGCAACCAGAGGAAAGGGGACAGCAGUGAGUGUUUGAAGAUGCGCAGACUGGGGCCGCUGCGAUUGAGACGCUGACUGAACUGACCGGUGAAGGAUUGGAAACCUGUAAACCCUCAAAAGACUUUCAAAAGACUUUCUCAGGGAAGAGUCAGAGCUGCACCACGCACACACGCAUGCACGCGCGCGCACACGCACACGCACACACGCCCACACACACGCACACACACACACACACACACUUGCUGGAUCCGACUUUGGAGCCCCCAGACUACAGUAUUUAUACUUGACUGAGAAAUGUAAGCAUAAGCCCCUCAAGGAUGCAGUGCAUUUGUUUGAGACUUAUGAGCAUUUGUACUUCUUUGUUUGCAAAAAAAAAAAGGAAUAAAUUUUAUUUUUACGAUUGAAUUGUUUUGUAAUCGGAUUGAUCUUUCAUGAACUAUAGGAGCCAUCCCCUGAGGUGAUGUCUACCUUGCGUAACCAUUAUGGCUUAUUUCUGGCUCAUGUUGGCUUUUAAGAUGCCUGUAAGUGUUGAAGGUAAAAUACAGAAUAAAAUGUCAUGUUUGUGAGUUA